CCGGAAGUCCCGAGGACUCUGGGGAGAAAGAGAGCACCGGGACUGUGUAUCGGAGAGCUGAGAUGGCGGAGGAGGAGAUUCGAGACCCGGGCACGGUGACCUUUAACGACGUGGCCGUGUACUUCCCGUUCCAUCAGUGGGCGCAGCUGGCAGACUGGCAGAGAAGACUCUAUCAGAACGUCAUGAAGGAGAUCCACGCGGCGCUCACCGCCCUCGGUUAUGAGAUCGCUAACCCGGGUAUACUGGUGAAGGUCCAGCACUCCGACGAGCCGCACUUCAGCGGCAACACAGGGGAGGAAGAAGAGAGCGCGCCGCGGGUGCGGGGGUCUCCCCGAGGCGUGAAGAAAGAGACCGCCGAGGACUGUCAGCGCGCGGCUCGCCUCUCGCUCGUUAAGCCGGACAUCUUGCUGCGGGUGAAAAUGGAGGAGACCAACUGUGACCAGGCCUGCCAGACGUCGGCUGCCAAGACGGAGGACGAGGGCGAGGACUCCAAUACCACGGUUUUCGACCCCGAGCUGUCUUUGUGGAUUAAGCAGGAGGAGGAGCCGGGGCCGGCAGAUCCCAACAAAUCAUCUGGAGAGGAGGACGAGGUUUCUCCGGACAUCGCACCGCCUAUUCCCAACGGCCCUGGGGCUACUGACCGCGGCCGGAUGAGCCCCUGGGGCGCCGACGACGGCCGGGUGAGCCUGAGGAGCAGAGCACCGUCCAGGGGAUCGCGUGCCAGGCUGACGGCCAACAAGCGCACGGGGCUGAAGCUGAGAGACAAGAUCCUGGUGCUCUGCGCCUACGAGAACAACGAGCCGGUGGCAUCGCUGGCCACGCAGUUCGGAGUCAGCAGGUCUCAGAUCGUGCAGAUCAUCCGGCGGCGGGAGGAACUGCUCUGCGCCCUGCAGAACAACGUGAGCGGAGACCGCAUCCGGCGCCAGAGGAGGACCACCAACGACCAGGUGAACGCCGCCGUCUGGGAGUGGCUGCAGGGCGCCAGGGACGCCGACGUCGCGCUCUCGGGCCGCGUCAUUCGGGAAAAGGCCCUGCAGAUCGCCAGAGAGCACGGAAUCCGGGACUUCAAGGCCUCCAACGGCUGGCUCAACAGCUUCAAAAAAGCCCACAACAUCCACUGUUACUCGCUGCCGCUUGGUACCGCGAGCGCCGGGGACGACCGGACGGACUUCUGGCUGCCGCCGACGAACCCCUCGGCCGAUAGGCUGCCCGUGACGCCCCCGUAG